CUUAUACAUAGACUUGAAAUGUACAAGAUGGGGACCUGUCGUUCUCAGAGCAGAUAGCAUCCAGUGGGAUACUAGGGUCUCAGAUCACAUAAGACAUCAUACCUCCUGAUGCUAUCCUAUACCCGGAGAAAUCGUAUCUCAUUUGUGAGAUGUUUCGAGGCAAGGAAGCAUUUUUUGGGCGAUUCUUCUAGCGUUUAAUAACACUGAAUGAAGACAGUCAGAGGCUUCCUUUUUACACAGUAUAUUCGAAUUAUCCACGCCGCUACCUUAAAGAGGUGUCAUCACUUCUCCAAAGGAAAUUUUGGCAAUGGAUCCCAACAUGUUUCCAAAACUCCCACCUCCUCUCGACCCAGCCUGGCUCGUUCACGAACAAGCAGCCAACCUAUUCGCCCCUCAGCCCACGAUUACCGACCCUAAAGAGCGUCGAGCGCUUUACAGCCAACGAUGCAAAGACCUCAACGCCCAACUUCUUACCGGCCGUGACAAGCACCUCGCAGAAGGCAUCAAAAUCCACGACACAAGCAUCGGAACAAUUCCAGUCCGAAGCUACAGUGCUAUUCCAGCUAUAGAGGGAUCACCACCACCAUAUGAUCUCAAAAGCUUUGUUCCCAGAGAGCCCCUACAUCCUAUUGUCGUCUACUACCAUGGCGGAGGUCUACACGUCGGUGACUUGGAUAGCGAAGACUUGACUUGCCGUCGAAUCUGCAAAGAGUUGCAAUGCACAGUCUACUCGGUCGAGUAUCGGCUCAUGCCAGAGUUUCCCGCCGAUGAUGCACUCGCUGACGCACUACGUGCUUUCCAAGGCAUCGUAUCUUUGCGAAGCAGGAGCCGUUUGAUCAUAAUGGGCAGUUCGUCAGGUGGUCAACUAGCAGCUCAGAUCUCGCAGCAAUAUAGAGCCUUUGCUGUUCCGCAAGGAGAUAAACGGAUCCAUGGUGUUUUGUUGCGGGGCCCUGUUACCUGUGAUGCUACCAAUGGAGGAGCGAAUCUUAGCGAGAAGUUGAGAGCGAGACAUACGUCGAUGCAUGAGGCCUUUCAUACUUCGCUGCUAGCAAAUUCUGCCCUGCAUUCGAAGAAUAGGACUUCAAGUCCAUUGCCGUUGGAAGUGGAGGACUUGAGUAAGCUACCGAGACAUUGGAUCCAGGUGUCAACGAAUGAUAUCUACUAUUCGGAUGGCGUGUGUUAUGCUGAAGCAUUGAGAGAAGCGGGGAUUGACGUGAAGCUGGAUGUGGUGGAGGGAUGGCCACAUACUUUCUGGUUGAAAGCACCUUUAUUGGAAAGAGCAGUGCAGGCUGAGAACGAUAUGAUAGAGGGCUUAAAGUGGCUGAUUGAGAGUGAAGUCCCACCAGCAAAGAAGCCUAGAUCUAAUUGGGGACCAGAGAUACCAGGAGACUUUGUGCCUUUCACCGAUGAGGAGUUUGAGAAGAAAUUCAUGAAUGUAUGAGAGAACAAGCUUUUCGACUUGCUCAACAGAGAUGUUCGAUGUCCGGAUUCUAUUCAGACUUCGCGUUGAGAAGCAACAUAGAGGACUUGAUAGCACUCU